GGCUUCAAUUGCGGUUCGACCUCCACAGUUUCGUAGAAAUGGACUCGAUACCAUACAGGUUUGUUAUUUGCAUAGACUGCCGUGGCCUCUCACUAACAGUCAUCUUUCAGCUUCGAAUCUAACCUCAAACUUUCCUUCCCAAAUGAUCUUUGGGAUCUAUUGCCGCGCGAGAUAGAAGUACGAGUUGAAGCCCAUACGACCUCCAUACAAGAACUGGAAGCUGCUAUCGUGAAACAUCGUCGUACCAUCGCACAAUUCUACGCGGUUCGUAACGUGAAAGAAGUUCCUAUCAACGCCCGUUUACCUCAGGAGAUACUCUGCCAUAUAUUUUCGCUGUACGCCGCCAUGUGUCGAGAGGAUCCCAGUCUUAAUGAGAGACCGCAUCGUUGGUACCGAUGCGCCCUCGUAUGCCGGUAUUGGAGGAAACUUUUGCUGUCAAGUCCGCAGCUAUUCACCUUCAUCAAUUUGCGACCCGUUUUCCAUUUGGAGCGAAUCGUUGAAUGGUUACGCCACUCCGGACAAAUGCCGUUGGUUGUCCUAUUGGAUGGUGGAUCCUAUGAGUACACGCUGGACCACCAUGCUUGCCAGCAAGCUAUUGCGCAUAUCCUCGCUGAGCUUCCUCGCGUUCGAUCCUUAGAGCUCAUAGAUGUAUACGUCUUAUUCGAAGUCGGGGCCAUAACAUCAUGGCCACCCUGUCGCCAAGUGACAGAACUGUGUUGGACUGAUGGUGAAGCCUCUCGAUUUAGAAACGCCCAUCCUCCUUGCGGCAAUAUUUCUGAUAAGUUCCCAAAUUUGCGUUCGUUGACAAUAACCGCGUGGAAUUGGAAUACGAUUUGGUCCAUCGGCUUUCCGCCUACGUUGCAGAGACUGGCGGUUUUUCCCGACGCUCAUAUACGCAAGAGAAGAGGUAUGAGUAGUCGUGAUUCGGUGGAACCAUUGAUUAGGAAGCUCGAAGGCCUUCCUGCGUUCAAGACUCUGGAGUUAUACUGGACCGGGUACUGUGCUGAGCCUUUUCCGGCAGAGUAUACUGUUGCCUGUCCUCAGGUGCGCGCAUUGACCAUCGAUGACGAUGCGAUAUCCAUUCUUGCUAUUCUGAGGUAUUUCGAUUGUCUGGAAACACUGUCGCUAAAUGUAUGCUUCCUCGCUGGUUUUGGCCGUGACGACCAUUCCGCGCUCAAAGCCUUAAAUAGGAGGAUUCUUGCAUACGUGAUGUCGAGGGCGAACAGGGACCUGAGCAAAUCUCCACCCAUCCUAUCUUGCGGGCUCGAAAUAGACAGAGCUUCUGUCCGCUUCACCGGGUCAAAUACUCUUCAGCAUUCAGGAAGCCAAUCAAUGGAGCAGCCUUGGAUAUCUGUUCGGCUUCCAAGAUCCUGCACACAAGCACGGCCUGCCGCAGAGUUUAUCGCCACACUCUCGCCUGUAUUAUCAACGGUUGAAAGCCUGACACUUACGGCUGCAGAGACAGAUUAUGACGAUGAACGUUACUGUGUGGUCGACUACUUCGAGGCGAUCCGCGAGAGAUUUCCGAAUGUCCGGUCCGUCCGUGUGGAAGUGAAGCUUUUGCCAAGUUUUCUCGAGCAGAUGCUCAAGCCUUAUGCAGCGCAUGCGGACCAAACACUGAUACUGAUUCCGUUUCCUGCCGUGGACACCCUUCAUAUUCUCGCAUAUACUGUCAAUGCGUUCAAUGAUGAGCUCAUCGAGAGUCUUCGAUGUGUCUUAGAAGCUCGACAACGCGAGGCCCCACUGAAGCAUCUUGUCCUCUGCUGUCAGAAUUCGACAUAUUCAGAUGGAGGCGAUGCCGACGUUGAAGGAGUGAACCUGGACAUCUUGAGAUCAUUCGUGGAAGAGUUGGAGAUAGUACAUGUGGACUAACCAUUAUUGAUGCAUGAGCCACAUUGAUAACUCGUGGUCUUUGACCGAUUCAAUUCAAUACGUGUUGCUAAUAACAUUUCGAAGAAACAGCACUGGAGGAUAUCGAGAAACGGAAAUGGGAAAGGACCAUUGGCAAGCAGCUAUCUUGCUUGGGUGAAGCUGUAACCAGAAGUACAUUCAGUUCUUGAUGCUCACAAAUAUCUCGCAAUAUUUAAAUUUCGAGUACUUCAAAAAUUCCGUAUCACAACCUAAAUAACCUGCCCAAGCCCAAACGAAGAAGCGAUUCGAGGCCGCGGGAUAACCGGGCCGGACAUCCAUACUAGUACCUUACCGCUUGUAUAAUAGGAUCUUGUACCGCCACCAUUAAGCGAUCCUCUACAGCUACAACCACUGCUGCACUUUCUCGGUUUC